AUGGCGACGAGCAAGUGCCACUAUCUACGGCCGAGCCACGGCUUCUUAUCCAGCGACCCUGAGCACAUCGUUACCGCCGCUUCCGAUUUCGAGCUCGACGAGUGGGACCUCUACAAUACCGAUUCAGAUUCUACUUCCGGUUUCAGCUUUACUGACCUUACGAUCACCUCCGGUCGUACCGGACCUAACCGGAAACCUCGCGGUGGCUCCAUUUCUGAGAAAUUCUCCGAGACUUCGGCGUCUUCGCUCCCGGUCAACGUGCCGGACUGGUCAAAGAUCCUCGGUGAAGAGAGCCGACGGAGGCAGAAUUCGAACGAGGAGGAAGUCGAGGGAGAAGAGAUUGCAUGCGGCGAAGGAACACGUCGAGUUCCGCCGCACGAAUUGCUCGCGAGGCGGAGGAUGGCGUCGUUUUCGGUUCACGAAGGUGCUGGGAGGACUUUGAAAGGUAGAGAUCUAAGUAGGGUGCGAAAUACUAUUUUUAAAAUUAGAGGGAUCGAAGACUAA